GUUUUUUCGGCGGGGCCGUUGGGGGGAGGGGGCGUUUUUCCGCAGUUCCUUCGCCUUUUGCUUCCUCGGGUUCGUGUUUCCCGGGCGGGCGGAGCCGCCCCCGGCACCGAGAAGAAGGGGGCUCAGCGCACCGCGGCGGCGCCUCGGCGGGUUUCGUUUUUGCACUGAAUGUAGCCAGGACGGAUCCUUGUGGGCUUUGGCAGCCCUUGGAAACUGUCAAAGGCAGUAUUUUGCAUUUCUGCAGAGCUUUGCACAGAUCCUGUUCCCAUGCAAACUGAUGAGGGAGAAAUACUGGAGGAAGGCAGUCCCAAGGUUAGUGAGAUGGAACAUGAGGAUUUUGUAAUGGAGGGGCAUGGCAAGACUCCACCUCCUGGUGAAGAAAACAAACAAGAGAAGGAGCAAGAAAGGGAAGAACAGUUAAUGGAAGACAAGAAAAGGAAGAAAGAGGAUAAGAAAAAGAAGGACUCUGCUCAGAAGGUCACAGAUCAAAAAACCAAAGUGCCCGAAGUGACGAAACCAAGUUUAAGCCAACCAGUGGCUGCCAGCCCAAUUGGCAACUCUCCAUCGCCACCAGUCAAUGGUGGCAACAAUGCCAAAAGGGUGGCAGUGCCGAACGGACAACCGCCAAGCGCCGCCCGCUACAUGCCUCGGGAGGUGCCGCCGCGAUUCCGUUGCCAGCAGGACCACAAAGUGUUACUGAAACGUGGGCAGCCCCCUCCGCCAUCCUGUAUGCUCCUUGGGGGUGGAGCAGGGCCUCCCCCCCCAACAGCACCAGGAGCAAACCCAAACAACGCACAACCAGUGACAGGAGCACUGCUGCAGAGCGACGGUGGGACUGCAACAGAUUCAGCAAUUGGAGGUGCUGCUGCUUCAAAUUAUGCAAAUUCCACUUGGGGUCCUGGAGCCUCCUCCAACAGCGGCACCAACGCCAACCCAACUCACAUCUGGGACAAGGUGAUUGUAGACGGGUCUGACAUGGAAGAGUGGCCUUGUAUUGCCAGCAAAGAUGCUGAGUCUUCUUCCGAAAACACCACCGAUAACAACAGUGCCUCGAACCCUGGCUUGGAGAAGAACACUCUGCCAGGAAGCACCACUAAUAACAAAGGAAAAGGAAGCCAGUGCCAGUCUGGAAGCACUGGAAACGAAUGUAAUCUUGGGGCCUGGAAAUCUGAUCCCAAGGCUAAAUCUGUUCAAUCUUCCAACCCUGCUGCCGAGAGUAACAAUGGACUAGGUAAUUGGAGGAACUUGAGUGGACAAGAUAGAAUCAGUCCCAGUUCUGGCUUCAGCAACUUUAACCCAAAUAGCAACCCAUCUGCUUGGCCGGCACUGGUUCAAGAGGGCAAUUCUAGGAAAGGAACUCUGGAAUCUGAUAGUGGUAGCUCCAAUGCACAGAUUAGCACAGUAGGUCAGACCUCUAGGGAACAGCAGUCAAAGAUGGAAAAUGCGGGUGUUAACUUUGUCUCUGGCAGAGAACAGGCUCAAAUUCAUAACACUGAUGGACCAAAAAAUGGAAACACUAACUCCUUGAACUUAAGUUCACCAAACCCUAUGGAGAAUAAGGGAAUGCCCUUUGAAAUGGGCUUGGGGAACCCUUCCAGGAGCACUGACACCCCUUCACAAAGCACUGGAGAAAGAAAGACUGGGAGUGUUGGAUCUUGGGGUACAGCUAGGGCGUCUUCUGGAACUGACACAGUCUCUGGGCAGAGCAAUUCUGGAAACCACGGGAACAAUGGAAAGGAUAGAGAGGACUCCUGGAAAGGAGCUUCUGUUCAAAAAUCUAAUGGGUCAAGAAGUGAUUCUUGGGAUAACAAUAACCGGUCUACGGGUGGUGGGUCUUGGAACUUUGGCCCUCAGCAUGCAAAUGAAAGCAAGUGGGGUGAAGGGAACAAAUUAACAUCUGGGGUCUCUCAGGGAGAAUGGAAACAGCUGUCUGGGUCUGAUGAACUGAAGAUUGGAGAGUGGAGUGGUCCAAACCAACCAAAUUCUAGCACUGGAGCAUGGGACAAUCAAAAAGGCCACCCUCUUCCUGAAAACCAAGGCAAUUCCCAGGCUCCCUGUUGGGGAAGAUCUUCCAGCUCUGCAGGAAGUGAGGUUGGAGGUCAAAGCACUGGAAGCAACCACAAAGCAGGAAGUAGUGACAGUCACAAUUCUGGACGCCGAUCAUACAGGCCUACGCAUCCUGAUUGCCAGGCAGUCCUGCAGACUUUGCUGAGCAGGACUGAUUUGGACCCCCGAGUGCUUUCGAACACUGGCUGGGGCCAGACUCAAAUUAAGCAAGAUACAGUGUGGGAUAUUGAAGAGAUGCCACGGCCCGAGGGGAAGUCUGAUAAAGGAACUGAGGGGUGGGAGAGCUCUGCCACACAGACAAAGAACUCAGGGGGCUGGGGCGAUGUACCCAGCCAAAGCAAUCAAAACAAGUCUGGAUGGGGUGAGCUCUCAACCCCAACGGAGUGGAAGGACCCCAAAAAUACUGGAGGAUGGAAUGACUAUAAGAACUCCAAUUCUUCUAAUUGGGGAGGAGGAAGGCAAGAAGAAAAGUCAUCUUCCUCUUGGAACGAUAGCUCUAGUAAGGAUCAGGGGUGGGGUGGACGGCAGCCUAAUCAAGGAUGGUCUUCUGGAAAGAACGGUUGGGGAGAGGAAGUUGACCAAACAAAAAACAGCAACUGGGAAAGUGCAGGAAACAAGCCAGUGUCUGGGUGGGGUGAAGGUGGGCAAAAUGAGAUUGGAACUUGGGGUAAUGGUGCAAAUACAAGCGCUGCUUCAAAGGGUGGAUGGGAUGAUUGUAAAAGAACUUCAACGUGGAACGAGACGGGUCGACAGUCCAACUCCUGGAACAAGCAGCAGCAACAGCACCAGCAGCAACAGCAGGAGUCUUCUGGUUCCUGGGGUCCACCGCCCCAAACUCCAAGUAAUGGGCGAUCUCCAAACCCAAACUGGAACAGCGGACCACAGCCAGCUGCCCCCAAAGAGGAGGAGCCUAGUGGCUGGGAAGAACCUUCUCCACAGUCAAUCAGUCGAAAAAUGGAUAUCGAUGAUGGCACUUCAGCAUGGGGAGAUCCUAGCAGUUAUAACUACAAGAAUGUGAAUCUGUGGGACAAGAACUCACAAGGAGGACAGGCCCCACGGGAGCAGAGCCUGCCUACUCCAAUGACUAGCAAAUCACAAGCAUCAGUCUGGAGCAAAAGCACUCCACCUGCUCCAGAUAAUGGUACGUCUGCCUGGGGUGAGCCAAAUGAAACCAGUCCCGGGUGGGGUGAAGUAGAUGAUACAGGAGCAUCGACAACAGGCUGGGGGAAUGCACCUUCCAACGCCCCGAAUGCCAUGAAAUCUAGUUCUAAAUCUAUGCAAGAUGGCUGGGGAGAGAAUGAUGGGCCAGUGACAGGAACACGUCAUUCCAGCUGGGAAGAGGAGGAGGAGGGAGGAGUCUGGAACACAGCAGGCUCUCAGGGAAGCAGUUCCUCCCACAACUCAACAAGCUGGGGGCAAGGAGGAAAGAAAACACAAAUGAAGUGCGCAUUGAAAGGAGGAAAUAGUGAUUCAUGGAUGAACCCUUUAUCCAAACAGUUUUCAAAUAUGGGCUUGCUAAGUCAAACUGACGACAUUCCAGGCAGUAAGAUGGAUUUGUCUGUAGGUGGUCUCCCAGAUAAGAAGUUUGAGGUAGAUAAACGAACCAUGAAUCUCGGGGAUUUUAAUGACAUGAUGAGGAAGGAUCGAUCUGGGUUCCGUCCACCUAAUUCCAAAGACAUGGGAACCACAGAUAGUGGGCCUUAUUUUGAGAAGCUGACUUUGCCUUUCUCCAAUCAAGAUGGGUGCCUUGGGGAUGAGGCUCCCUGCUCUCCCUUCUCCCCUUCUCCCAGCUACAAGCUGUCUCCCUCUGGUUCCACACUAUCCAACGUCGGCCUUGGGGCAAUCGGCUCAGGGCUCAGUCCCCAAAACUUCGCUGCUAGACAAGGUGGCAAUCAUGGUUUGUUUGGAAACAGCACAGCACAAUCGAGGGGCAUGCACACACCAGUGCAGCCACUAAAUCCUUCCCCCAAUAUCCGGGCGCAAGUGCCUCCCCAAUUCCUUUCUCCCCAGGUUUCGGCCUCCAUGCUCAAACAGUUUCCCAACAGUGGCUUGAAUCCUGGUCUUUUCAAUAUGGGCCCCCAGCUUUCUCCACAACAGAUUGCCAUGCUGAGCCAGCUUCCACAGAUUCCCCAGUUUCAAUUAGCAUGUCAACUCCUCCUUCAGCAGCAGCAGCAGCAACAGCUGUUACAGAGCCAGAGAAAGUUAUCUCAAGCUGUGCGACAGCAGCAGGAGCAACAGCUUGCUCGUAUGGUGAGUGCCCUCCAGCAGCAACAGCAGCAGCAGAGGCAGCCUGGCAUGAAGCAUUCACCAUCCCACCCUGUUGGGCCUAAGCCACAUUUAGACAGCAUGGUACCCAAUCCUUUGAAUGUGGGUCUCUCAGAUUUACAGACCAAAGGGCAAAUACCUGGAUACGGUUCAGGCUUUGGCUCAAGUGGCAUGGAUUAUGGCAUGGUGGGAGGGAAAGAGGCUGGAACAGAAUCCCGCUUUAAGCAGUGGACUAUGAUGGAAGGGCUGCCCUCUGUGGCUUCACAAGAUGCCAAUAUGCACAAAAAUGGUGCAAUAGUGCCCCCCGGAAAGGCUCGUGGAGGAUCGCCCUACAACCAGUUUGACAUAAUUCAGGGCGACCCACUCGGCGGCCAUGCAGGCCCUGCUGGUGAUAGUUGGUUACCUGCCAAAUCUCCACCAACGAACAAGAUCGGAAGUAAAUCCAGCAAUGCCAGCUGGCCUCCAGAGUUCCAACCAGGAGUGCCAUGGAAAGGUAUACAAAACAUUGACCCUGAAUCUGACCCCUAUGUGACCCCUGGAAGUGUGCUGGGGGGGACAGCCACAUCUCCCAUUGUAGAUACUGACCACCAACUUCUGCGGGACAACACCACAGGGUCUAAUUCUUCCCUCAACACCUCGCUGCCUUCACCUGGUGCCUGGCCCUACAGUGCCUCUGACAAUUCCUUCACCAACGUUCAUAGCACUUCAGCAAAAUUCAGUGAUUACAAAUCAACAUGGUCCCCAGAUCCCAUAGGACACAAUCCCACUCAUCUCUCCAACAAGAUGUGGAAAAACCAUAUUUCCUCAAGGAACACUACAGGGCUGCCCCGCCCACCUCCUGGCCUGACCAACCCCAAACCAUCAUCUCCAUGGAACAGCACAGCACCCCGAUCGGUCAGGGGCUGGGGGGCACAGGACUCAAGGCUUGGCUCUGCAUCUACUUGGAGUGAUGGUGGCUCAGUUCGUCCUAGCUACUGGCUGGUUCUUCACAAUCUCACUCCACAGAUUGAUGGGUCAACCUUGAGGACGAUCUGCAUGCAGCAUGGCCCACUGCUGACAUUCCAUCUGAACCUGACCCAGGGCACCGCCCUCAUCCGAUAUAACACCAAACAGGAGGCGGCCAAGGCCCAGACUGCACUGCACAUGUGUGUGUUGGGAAACACUACCAUCCUGGCUGAGUUUGCCACCGAUGAAGAGGUUAGUCGCUUUCUGGCACAAGCUCAGCCCCCUACACCUGCAGCAACUCCGAGCGCACCUGCAGCAGGCUGGCAAUCCCUGGAGACAGGACAGAACCAGACAGAUCCAGUUGGACCUGCUUUGAAUCUCUUUGGUGGGUCAACAGGGCUUGGGCAGUGGAGCAGUGGUGGCGGCGGCGGCAGCAGUGGGGGUGAUCUCACUGGCGCUUCACUGUGGGGGCCCCCAAACUAUUCUUCAAGCUUGUGGGGGGUCCCAAGCGUAGAGGAUCCACACAGAAUGGGCAGCCCUGCUCCCUUACUACCUGGAGACCUUCUGGGAGGAGGGUCGGAUUCAAUCUGAACUUAGAACUUUCAACUCUGACCUCGUGACCUUUUUUGGAACAGCAGCAGCACUAACUUGACCUUUUCGUUUUUUUCAACUUGCAAUAAAUACAUUUAUAAAAGGAAAAAAGAAAAUGGAGAAAGAAAAAAAGGUGGGUCAUUGACAGACUGUCUGAGCACAUAGUUGCCUCCCUUAUAUAACUUCAGUUUUUUCGUUUGGAAUAUGAAUCCAAAAAAGAGAACAUAUCACUCUUGAAAUACUUGAAUCGUGAACGCCAACGUAGAAAGACAAUGUGAAGCAAGUACACAUACCAUUUAAAUUUAAACAGAAAAAAUUAAAAAAAUUAGUUUCUAGUUUUUCACUUUUUCAUGUUAUACGGAAGUUGUUGCUAAGAAACAUAUAUACUGAAAAAAUAGCUUUUUAACUUUGUUUGCACUGGGUGUGUUUCCGUCCUUAGGUCUACCAUGUUGGGUUGGGGAAGGGGAGGGGUUCAAAAGAGAAAUGGGGGGGGAGGGAAAGACUUGACGGAGCCUCACUUUAAAAACAAAAAAAACUAAAAAAAAACCUAAAAAAAUUUAAAAAUUUUAAAAAACCCACCAAAAAAAAAAAAAAAGAGGAAAAAAAAGAAAAAACAAACAAACAAAACAGAAAAACCAACACUUUGUGAUUGGCUGGUUGAUACGUACCAGUGUGUUCUGGCACAUGUAACUGCCCACGUGUGCUUGUUUCUGUGUGAGUGCGUGUGCACAUGUUUGUGUGUGUGCAUUUUUUUCUCUCUCUAUAUAUAAUCUUGAAUCGCUGCAUUGCUGAUGGUCUACGGGCUGGCUGGCCAUCUGCAUGUCUUGAUUCUGAAAACAAGACAGGCAUGGUGGAGUCCCUGUGGCUGAAGCAGAAUCCAGUUGGGCUGGAUUAAAAUUUGUCAGUAGGUUUUUCUAAAUUCAUUUUAGCAGGGUGCUAUCUCAAGUCUGCAGAUCAUACAGAGUGGAUAGUUGCUUCCUAGCCCUUGUUCUAACCCUGUGGUAGAGCAGAACACUGCCAUAUCCAAAGGAUUUGGUGAGAGGGGAGAGACAAUGUUGUCUUAUGAGUAGCAGUGUCUUUAUUUAUGUCUGCAUGUGGGGUUUUUGUACUGAAUGAACCCUAGAAUGUUUGUUAUAUAAUGCAAGCCAUUUAUUUCUUCCAACAAGGGGAAAAGAGGAGGAAAGAAGACAUUGCCGUUUUUUGUGCAGCUAAGACAAAUGUUCUUACUCAGUCUGUUGCAAGCUUCAGUACCUUUAAAAACGAGUGUUUCUUUUCUCCCCCAAACCUGAAUAAGCACCCAUAUUCAUUCUAGAGGAAUCCAUCAAAAGCUUGAAAGUCCAGCCCAACCAAAUUAACCUUUUAAUUGAUUUACUGCUUGUAUUAAAACUGACAGAAAACUAAAUCGUGUCAGCAGACUGCUGGCCGGCCUGCCUCAUCUCCUGAAAGCACAUGCAGCCGACUCCUUCCUGCGUCCUUCAUGGUGAGCGUUACCUGUGCCAGGCCUCGGUGUCAUUACAGCGCCAGACCAUCACUGACAGAAACGUUUACUUACGAAUGUUCUUAAACCAGUGUGUACUUCAAAGGUUUCCUUUUGUUUCUCUGUGUUGUGUUUUUUCCUGUGUAUGUGGUUUCGCUUAGGGAGGUAUAUAACUAGCAAAGACUUUUUUUUUUUAAAAAGUAUUGCACCUUUUUGUUUUUUUUGUUUUUACUUUUUCUGUACUGUUGCUUUUUAAUUUCUGUAUUUAAGGAAAGGUUUGGGGUUUUUUAGCAUCAGUGUAAGUAGUACUCUGGGCAGGAUAGGGGUGACCUAUAAUCCACAGUGAUAGCCAGUGUGUGUGUGCGUGUGUGCGCUGGGAACAAAACUUUUUAAGACCUGUUGUUGUGAAAAGAGUUGUAGCAGACUUGAAGGCACAUCCCUUGACAUGAAGCAGGAAGUCUUUUAUGGGAGUGGGGCCAGGAGAAGAGGGAAGAGAGAUGCCGGUACUUUUUCCAUAAGUGCUAGGACUUCCAUGUGGCAUUGUCUGGCCGUUAUACUGUCUAACAAAGUGCCGACAUUCUGUACCAGCAUAUACCUGUCCAUUCCAGCUCUCAGAGGUAGCAGUGCUCGGGCUUUAUUACCUGGUGGAGCAGGGAGGAUAGGGGAGUCUGUUUCUUAAGCAUUUUCAUUGAAGGAUCCAACCGUGUCUGAAACAUUUAACUCUACAUGUGGGUUUGGUGGGGAGAAGGCAAAGCAGAUGCAAGCAAUGGGGUGGGGAUGUGUGUGUGUGUGUGUGCGCGCGCCUGUGUGCUGGGUGGGGGGAGGGAAGGGCUAGGGAAUUACGUGGCUGUUUUAAUUCGCCCUUUCUAUGUAAACCCAAUGUCACAAGGAAGACUGACUGAGGGAAAUGCUGCAUAUACACAUGCCUGUAGAUUUGUAUGCAAAGUGUUACAUGGUAAAAAAGUACGAGUAGGUUUGUAUUUGUGUAGUAAACUGGAGUGUGCAGCAUACUCUGGCCCCUUUGGAAUAUACUUUCCUAUCACAUCUCCUCCUUCAUCUCUCCCACCAUGCACAAAGAAACAAAGUGCUCUCUUUCAACUCCUGCUAUCUAGCUAGUGGCCCUUGCGUGCAGACAUCCAUAAAGCUUUGUUUCUAGUCUCUGCUCGAAGACCAGCCGCUCUCGGACACGCAGAGCAGGUUCUUAAAAGUCCUGUGCCAGCAGUACUUCCUAGUGAAGCACCUUUGGCCUGAGCAAGCCAGUAUCUGUUCUGUCACAUGAUUUUGCUAUACAUGCUGGUUCAUUGCUGUGUUUCACCCUCACUUCUCUCUCCCAACCUGCCCUAAGGUCCCUUUUCCUGCACUUUGGGCUAGUUGAGUUCAUUGCGAUACUACGGUGAAAGCCGGGUGCUAGAGCCCCUCUUGUUUACAAGACGUAAUGAGGGAUUUGAAAUAUUUAAAAAGAAAAGCUAAAUUGUUCUUCCAUUGUAAGCUUAAAGGGAAAAAAAUUAAAACAUACAAAAAAAAAAAAAAAAAGACCAAAAAGUGCAUAUAUAUAUUUUAGAUGAAGACUAACUCUGGGAGCAUUUAACAGUGUUUUUGUUUUUAUUUUAACAUUUUAUUUUCCUGCUUUAAAUUUGCAAGCAUUCUCAGGAAUUCUAGGGUAGGAAGCCAGUUUUUUGAAGAUGGUUUAUUUAACCUUAUCCUAGAUAGAUGGCUGUUUCUUGUUGAUAAACUUUUACAAGUUCCUGAAUCUUCAAAAUGUUUGAAAGUUUUUACUUUAAAAGAAAAAUGCUAAAAAAAAAAAUAAAAAGAAAAAAAAAGAAAAGAAAAAUCUCCAAAUGUUACUGUCAAGCGAGGGAUCAAGAAUUUUAGACUUUCUAAAUUAAAGUACAUUAAGAAAACUUCUCAAUAUCAGCAACAGGAAUUCAUUGCAAUCUUAAACAAGUUGUGGGAGAAGAAGGGUUAUCAUUUAUAGUGCUUUAUUACUCAUGCAGACAUGUGUGCAGUUGCAUGGAGAAGUGUGUGAAUGGAAAUCUAUUGUUCCCUCUUGAUUGAAACUAAAUGAAAUACUCUUCAAGCACCUUUUUUAAAAGCAAAGUGAAUCUAUAAACCUUAUUAAAAUGCAGUAUAGUUUAACUGAAAGAGUCCUCAGUUAGGAGGACCAGCAGGAAAUACAUGAUGGUGCUUCUUCGAACCACUUCUAAGUAGUGCUAAAGAAAACCAGUGCUGACAGAAUACUCAGUAAUGAAGUAGGUUUAUUAUCCUGCCUUUUUCAGUACAGAAAAAAAAAAGAAUAUGAAAAACUCCAUUAAAAUGUACAUUGGAAAUUAACUUUGCUGUUUUCAGCUAUUUGGUCAGUUUUAUUCCACACUUGGAGACCUGCUGCUCGCUUUUCUUCACUCACCCCUCCUCCCAGUCUUUGUUUUAUUUUAUAUGAGGGAAAUAUCUGUUAAACUCCUCUGUUCACCCUGUUGCUGCUGGCUGUGAGGGCUUACACUCUUGAACUUCAGAGUUCAGCGUUGGGAUGGCCAACUUCUGUCUCCCAGCUCUAAGGGUCAGGGGCUUACUGCGCCUGAAACGGCCAGGCUCAAACCACAAAAACCGCGCUAGUGCCUUUUUACAUGCACCCACAUGCCCUACAGUGGGGGAAGGGAGGGAAGACGAGGCAAAGUGAGGCAGUAUAGCCACUUCAUGGAAAUAGAUGUACCCCUUCUUAAGGAAGAAGAGCAUGCUGCAUAAGCAUGUUGUGCAAUGAGUUACUUAAUAGUAAUUGAGAUUUUAUUAGUAAAGAAAUCAGAUGCCAAAUUCUGUCUUUUUCAUAGCAGUUGCCCAGUGUUUUCAUGUUGUGCUGCGUGUGCAUGUUAGUCUAUUGAAAAUAAUGCAUCAGUAGUAAUAAUAAUGUGCUUUAAAAUGGGCCAGUAGAAGGAGGGUUUACUUAGGAGCUUUGGGAUUUUAUUUUUUAGUUUGUUUUAUGGAGAGAAUUUGAGUGCUUUGCCAGAAGCUGUGUUUUAUCGAAUCAGCAGUGUCCUGAAAGAGAAGAAACCAUAGCAUUUAAUAAAAAAAAGUCAACAGACUUGACAUUCACUUGGAAGUGGGUUGUGACUGAGCGCUGAAGGGUUGACAGUCUGGAGUUUCAGCAGUCUCCUGGGUCCAAAUCUAUUGUAGUACAACAGUCUGCUCCUCCUUUCCUAAAUGUACAGUCCUGUAAGCGCUAGUGACUGUCUCCUCAGUGACAGUUUCCCUAAAUUGUUAAAGUAACGUUAAUCUUGCUGGUUUUCAGCUACAGUUGACAGAUAUGUAUGGCUUAGUCAUGGCACUCCUAACCGUGCUACUACAACUGCACUCUGAGCAUUCUGCUAACCAGACUCAUCUACUGGGGACAACCAUUGCUUAAUGUUAUAAAAAUUCUGCUACCAUUUGAGCUCAUAACAGCAAAAAGUCAGCAGGAAUUGAUGUUAGUGUACUUUUGGGUUUUUACAAAACUGCUCCAGGGAAGGAAUCAGUGGCAGUGUCUUUUUUAAAUGUAUUGGGAAGGUAGGGAAAAGAGGCUGGCGAGAGGACAGGUUGGAAUAGACUAUGGGUAUUUCCAUCCAGAUACAAAUCCAGCCACUUUGCUUACCCUACUCUUCAGUGUCUAUCAAACUGAGAGUUUUUAAAUGUUUGAUAAUUUUUUGCUCCAUUUGAGGAUUUAAUUUUAGCAGUGACAACUAAGUCUAGCAAGGGGCUUUGGAAGAAUUGCCAUCUUUUCACAGUGUUUUUAUGUUUCUGCCUGGACACUUGCCCAGCAGUCGUGAGAGUGGGGGUUUUGUUGGUUUGGUUUUUUUAUAAUCACAGGGUGUCAGGUUUUUCUUAGAGGUCUUUUUUAUUGUGCUUCACAUUAAGUGGCUUGUGUAAUGAACAAAAAUGUUAAGCCAACUGUGUUUUUACCUCUACAAUAUAAACAAGAUAUUUUCAACGAAUUGGGUGGUAUAACCACCUUAAAGAUUAAAUAACAAUUAAACAUUUAUAUUAAGUUGACUUUUUUUUAAUAAUGAAAUUUCUAAGCAUUUAUUCCUUAAAACAUUUGCCCUAUUUUUUCUCCUAAAAAUGUUGCCACAGAUUGCAUUUUGUCUAAACGUGUAUCCAAAUAGUACCACAGAGGUUUUUUCUUGGUUUGGUUGUAUUUUUGAUUCAUUCUUUAUGAUGUUUAACUCUUAGGUUUCUGAUUCUGUUUGCACACGUUGUUUUCCUGUUGACUUUAAGAGGAGCACUGUUUGUGUAUCUGAGGCACCCAAAUUUGGCCAGGUCUGGUCCAGGAAAUCAGGAGUGAUCUUUGCAUGAAUUAGUCCUACUGACCUUAAAUGCAUUACUACUCGACUAAGGGCUCUUUGUAUAAAUAAACCUUAGCUGGAUCAGGGCCAAGGUAGCAGAUGAGGACCUUUUGUAUUUCCGAUGCAGCAAACAUCUGUGUUGCAUAUAUCACAUUGUCAGUAAAUCACGUGACUUUAGUAGCCAGGUUUCUCCAGUGGAUUGAAAUGUAGUUUUUGUGGAGGAUGGUUAGCAUCUCAGGGUACGAGUCCUGACUGAGUGAAACGUAACUUUUUCUUUCUAAAGAUGUAAGGUUCCCUUAACAGAAGCAGCUUUCUUAAUUGUAAAUAUGCAUGCAUGCUUUGUGGGCAGGAAAGUAAUACCAAGAAAACUAUGUUAAAAUUAAUUCUUAAAAAAAAAACAAAAACAACAACAAACAAAUGCUGUUGAAGUGCAACUUUGGUCCUGAAUGUGAAGCAACAUACAGAGAAUCUGUUGGUUUGUCUAAAUUGAUUUUGCACAAAAUAUCAUUUCAGUUCUGUAGUUCAUUUGCCGCUAUUUUGCAGUUGUAGGAACUGACACUGUUAGAUCAUAUCAAUCAUUCCCACUGUGAUGAAAAGACAGAUAUCUAAAACCCACACUCUUUCUUUCCCUUCACCUCCAGUACUAGGCUUCCACCUGUGGCAGAAGGACGUUAACAGUAAUGGGAAGAAGUAUGUGAAGUUUCCCAGUGUACACAGAACUGAUUUUCUCUGUUGUCCUGAAUUCACAUCCAAACUUAAACCACAAAGCAACAAUUAUGCUGUAGCUGAGCUGUUGAUUGGACUAUACAACAGGAGCUGAACUGGAGACUUUUAGCAGCCUUGCUAGUUCAUGUCCUUCACAACAUUUUGCCUAAGUGUCCCAUCACUGUAAAUACCAGUGUUGCUGAAUUCUACCAAAGUUCCCCUGCAGUAGUAGAUAAUAGGAAGCAGGUCCACUUUGUGAUGACUCACGAAGCAGAGCUUUACCUGCUUCAAGAGUCUGUCUACAUUGCUGUUAAAACUGAGUCAGGGUCCUGUUUAAAAUAUAGCUCUCUAUUCUGUGACGUUAGUAACUUUAAACUUUGUGAUGUAGUAAAUAUAGCUUCUAAUCCUUAUAUGAAAAGUGAUUUAAGGUUUCAUUUGUGCUACAGAAAGCAUCACAGCUCCUGGUGGUUUGGAGCCUGUUUUUAAAACUUAUCAGGCCACAAUAGAUGCCGUUUCAUCUGUGGCACGCAGCAGACAACAUCCGUUUGCAUCCACGGUUUGCUUGCGUGUUGCUUUUCAUCAAUCUAUGCAGGAAAGGUUUUCUCUAGAAGUCUCCCAGAGUCCUGUGCUAUAUAAGCAAGCUUCUAGCAAAUCAAGUGCCCUCUACGAAAGAGCCAUUUUUGCCCUGUAUGUGUGACAGUUGGGACUGGUGACAUUCAGCAGUGUUAGGGUUCCUGUUAACUUUGUAGCAAGAAAGGGAGUUUUUUGACUUGACUCUGACAGCCUUUCUGUAAAUUAAUACAGAGCACUCCAGGGAAAAAGAAAAAGAAAAAAAAAAAAGGGAAGAAUGCAUUGUGCCAGCCAGCGUUAAGUAUUUAAGUAUUUUUGCAGCAGACAUUCUUGACUGUGGUGGAUGGAGGGGAAGAGACUGGAGAAUUUUGCAUGAACGCGCAAUACAAGGAGGCACUGCUUGGCAAGAAAUGCCUCUUCUUGGGUAUUGGUGUGUGGUUUUACAUUCACAGAACUAACUUACUUGGGUUUUUUAAGUUUUGGGGUUUUUUAAAUAGAGAGAAAAUGGAAGCUCCUCCUGUUUCAGAUGAAACACAACCAACCAGAAGUGAACAUUUUUUUCAUCAUUUGCUGUUGAGCAGGUUGCACAGCUUGUUAGAAUAGCUAUUUUAGUGACAUGGUUAUGAUAUUAUGUGCUUUCUUUCCCCUCCCUCUCCCUGCCGGAUAUGGCUUACCCUUUCUGUAUAAGGCGCUGUGUGGGUUUUUUUGUUUUGUUUGGGGAACGUGUGGAGAAGAAGCAAAAUGAAGUGAAAAUGCAAGCCAAGGUAGAACAGCCUUACUUUAGGGGGUAGCCUUACAACAGAGCUUUAUAGUGAGUGUGCUGUAUUCCAAAAUAUGUAAGCCAAAAACAAAAAAGCAUUCAUUUAUGCAAAAAAAAAAUAAAAUUAAAAGAGGUGUUGGAAGAGUUCUUUAUUAUGUACCUUCUAAAGGUGGAGUAAGGUCUCACCAAGUGAUACGUUAUUGUGAUACUUCUUGCUGGGUCAGUAGGAAUGGGUCGGGGUAUAAGCGCUUAACAUUUUCCUCCUAUGUUUUUACAAGCAGUAAGUUAAAUGUGGUAUUUAUGAAUGUGCCUUUGUGAGUAUAGUGACUGUCUAAUUGAGGAGACCACUUGGGCUGGAGGGGAGACAAUGGUCAAUUUAUUCUUUCAAGAGGUCAGACAUUGAGAUUACAGCCCACUGGUCCCUUUUGACAAGCAUCAUCUUUGGGCUGGUCUCUACACUGCACAAUACGUAUUCAUAUGUGGUAGAGAUUGGGGUGGGGGGUGCAAAGGGAUGUCAUGUGAUGCACAGAAGCUGUUGAUAGUUUUAGGGUAGUCUGCCGUUGCAGGUUGAGUUUCUAUAUGUAUUAUGUGGCUUCUCUUUAUGUUUGUGUGCAUGAGUGUGAGUGUGUGUAGCUUUGUUUUUUUGUAAGCACUGGAGAAUUGAAACACAGUGAUGUUUGAGACAAAUUUAUACAUGUAGAGAAGAUGAUGUUUUGUAGCUUCUGUUAAAUAGUGGGUGCAGGCACACUUUUACCCUCUCUGCCCGAGUCCUGAUAAGCAAAACAGGAAAAGGUUUUUUUUCAACCCUUCAACUUCCAGCACACUUAACGUUGCCAUUUAAAUGAACAGGGUAUUACACAAGAAGAAAAAAAAAAGAGUUUUUUGAAAUGGUGAGGUAGAAGUGUUUAAAAGGAAAAAAAAUCUGAAGUAAUUUUUUGUUUCUUCAAAGCUGUUUGUAGCUAAACAUGGGAAUCUGCAGUGUCUCCUUCCAUUUGUUUUUUUCUCUAAUAAUUCACCUCUUCGUCCCACCCAAAAAUACGAGGUGUACAAGAUCAAGAGCUGUUGUUGUAGCCCUUCCUAAUUCCCACCCUGAAAAAAAACUCCAGUGGGAUCCCUCAGCUCUAUUCAGGAAGACAAAGAGAGGAGAGACUCUGCAGUUUUCUUUGCUUCGCUCUCAUUCCUCUCUAAUGGCCUUGAAAUGUAUUAUUAUGCAAAUGUGAAUUUUGAUACUGAACUUAAGAAGAGGUUGUUUGUUCUUUUUUCAAAAAAAAAAAAGGUCCCAUAUGUGGUCAGCAUUGCUUCUUUAUUUUGUAAGUGAAUUGUAAACUAUGCAUUCUGCAAAGGGGGCGUAGGGGACAAAGAUACUUUGCUAAACUGUUCGGGAGUUUCUGUGUCCAUGGUCUAUCCAUUAUAGUUUGGGGAAGUGGGGAGGUGAUGACUUUGAAAUAAGAAGGAAUUGAUAAGAACCUCUCUUUGUCAGACAUUGGCCAAUAGGUAACUGAGCAGAGAUUUGAAAAACUAAUGUUGAGUGCAAAACAAAAUCAGCUCUCAGCCUUGCACAGGGAUGUGAAUUCUUGCCAUGCAGUGUUAACCCAGGGCCGAAAGGGUGAGUGGGACACCAGCUCUACCUGGGGAACUAUCUACCGCCUCCUGUGUUCUGGCCCUUGCUAAGCUCAGGAAACAUGGUGCCAUAGGCACUGUCUUUUUUUCAAUUUACUACUAGUUUUCCAUCACAGCAGUCCUUGUGCUCUUCCACGAGAAUUGGAACAUAGCUGGUCCUUGGUAUCUACACUUCCUUCUCCCUAAAGUUUCCUUUGCUGCUGUUUCUGGCACAGCUCGUACAGUGACGGCACAGCUGUGGACAAGAUGUUGGAGAUGGUACUUACUUUCAAGUGCUGAUCAAAGCCCGACUAUGAGGACUGCAUUUUUUCAACAUCAGUAGCCAUCAGUGCUUUGUUGUCUGGUGUUACUGCUAGUGACUUAGCAUUAAUGUUGGCAGUGUGUGAAAUUCUAGGAAAGUAGAUUGACACGUAGGCCAGGUCCUCUCUAUUUAGAAGAAGUUAUCCUAUUUUUACUGAGAGGUGAUGUCAUAAUGGUCAUAAAAAAAGUAUUUACCUCCUCAUAUCUCCAAAAUGCACUCAUUGUGGAUUAUGUAUGUUCCUUGAAGCUUGCUAAGUUUCCAGGAGCAGUCUCCUCAGAAAAAUAUAGAUCUCAUUGCCCUCUCUGUUAUUGUAAUAGGGACCUUUUGACUUGACUUUUUCCUUUGUCCAUGGUGAACCAUGGUACCUGCAUUAUCCUUGGCAUUAUCGUAGGUGUAAUAUCAGAAACAGAUUAUCCUGCCUGUAUUCAGUGUUUUCAUGCAGCAAUUUUGUUUUUGUUGACAUUCACAGUACUGUAAUAAGUAAUAGACUUGAUGAUCCCUCUCGCAUCUGUGCCUGCCUUGCAGAUGCGAUCUUAUCAGGGUUCCACUCUGUCAGAUUGCCUUUAAAAAAAAUUACAAAAGGAAAAAAAAAAAUCUGAAGUUUAAACUCACUCACUAAAAUACCUCGUGGUACACUUCCCCUUCUAAUGUAACCUUUUUAAUCUUUUCUUCUAUACUUGUUGGAAUUCUAUUUCCAUCUGUUAUCUCCUUUCUAAAAAGAUGUUUGAACUUGUGAUUUAGAGCACAAGCCUGGAACUCCUGAAUUCUAACAUUGGCCAUUACUCUUCCCUUGCCUUGGGCAAAUCAUUUAACUACUUUGCCUUUGUUUUUUCAUCUGUAAAGCGGGGUUGUUAAUAAUACUUACCUACCUCACAGGGGUUUUGUGAGGAUCAACUAGUAAUGUUUGUAAAGUGCUUUAAAGAAAAAAGCAUAAUAGAAGUAUUAUGAGGUUUUCAGAGCAAGUUCGCUCGUUCUUUUCACAUUGUUUGCUUAUGUGGAGGGAGAUAACCCUUUUUUCUUUUAAUUAUUAAAGCCAUCAAACACUCAGAUCCUAAAUUAUAGAAGUUGAUGGAGAUUCAGUUACUCAAACUCCUUCUUUAUGCCUGUUAUCUUCUCCUGCUCUUUUUUAUAUAGUUGUGCCAGUGUUGCUAGAGGUCACACACGUCUAUAAGCUUCAAAAUUGAAGUACUUUAAGCUUGCUGCUUCUUUCACCAGAUCACCAAAUCAGAAUAAGUUUGUGUACUCUUCCCUGCCAUUGAAUAGCAUUUUUGGUAAUGUCAUCUUUCAAGUAGACACAUCUUUUCCUGCCAUCAUGAAGGGGGAGGUGGUGGUGUGUAGUUUCAGAGAGGGGACUGUAAGAUGAAGAACCUUGCUCCUUUAUGCUGCUGCUCCAGGGAUAAAGGGCAGAGUAGCUUUCUGUUUCCUUCCCUGAGUUAAUUUCAGUGUGUUACCAGUAACACUUCAAAUGCAGUGUAUCUUCUUGUCCACAAUAUACAGAAGCCAUCACCUGCCAAUAAAACGUAGGAACAGAGGGAAUGAUAGCAGAUGCUGCUUGUGUAUAUGCCUUACAGCUCUCUCAGAAUGUCUCUGGGAGGGUGGUGGGGGAAGAGGUCUUCAUUGGGUAAAUCCCACAGCUGUCAGGGAACCUCUGCUACUUUCUCCCCUCUCAGUCAUGUGGUCGCUGCUUCUUCUUUCUUGGAUGUGCGUCUCAGGGAUGUGCAUAUGAGCCCAUGCCUUUUGGAAUUUGGCAUUUGAAAUACCAAGAACACGGUUUCUAUACCUGAAACCUUUCUGUUUGACACUCCCUGGUCCUCUCUGUCCUGCAUUGCUCCCCAUGGCCUUAGGAACAUCUCUCCGUUGUUGCCCUGUGCCACCCUCUCCAUUUCUGCCAGUAAUCAAGAUGAAGUGUAAACAGUGAUUCUAGAGAGAAAGAAGCUGAAAUGAUGCAUGUGCAUCUUUGGGAUUUACACACAUCUGUAUCUUAGAUUUUUGCCACAUCUGCUCUAAAACACUCAGAACCUGAUGCACAGUACUUUUUUUUUUCUCAUCUAGAAAGCAGAACAAACAUCAGUAUGACCCUGAUGGUAAUUCUGUAAUGUUUACUUCAAAUGAAAUGCUAAGUGUUUUCCCCAAAGAACCAAAAAACCCCCACCUUCUAACAAAAGUAACCAAAUCUAAUCUUUCUGGGGACGGGGGAGGGAGGGGGAGGAGGAAAAGCAGUGACAGGGGAGCGUUCUGAUCUAUUUUUGUCUCCGCCACUUGGCUGGAGAUAAGAGAUGCUGCUUUGAGUUCCACAAACAUAAGGGAUUAUGUUUACAAAGGUAAAUGCCUUCUACCUGUUCAGGAAACUGGCUACUGGUGGGCAUCAGGAGUUUAGAGAGUUUCUCUUCAUUGCAAACAACUAAUGGGAGAAGGGUGUGUCUGGAGGAAAAUGGAGAAAUAGAUUCAUUUCAUCUAGUCUUCUUGGUAAAAUAAUGCCACCUUCUUCUCUCCUUACUAAUUGGGAGGAAUGAAGUGGCAGAACAGAAAAUCGAUGAUGUCCAAUAUGGCUGGAUUAGAAAAGGCAGCUUUUCUACUUUGCACACAAAUAGGUAACAGGAAGGUACAGCUAAAGUCCUCUUGCCUGAAACACUGUCCCCCAGAAGCAGACAUUGUAAUAAUAAAGAUAGUGGCUGUGUGUAUAUUGAUGCUAUUUGCAAGUUACCUGUAAGUGUUUAUUUUUUUUCCUUAUACUUGAAAUGGCUUUCUUUACUAAUCUCACCUUAAUUCUGGUUUCUCCCCUCCUUCUAUAGUGUGCAGUAAAAUUGCAGGACAAAUGGGGAGAAUGUAGAGGAGAUGACACAAUGUCUUGCAUAUCCAGGUUUCAUCUUAAUUUCCAUCCCAUAUUCUCAAGAGAUAUUUAAACUUUCUAAAGGUUUUCCAUGGACACAGAAACUCAGCACUUUAGAAGGUGCUCUUGUAUGGCUGGCUGCCCCCCUUUUCCUCCUUUUCUAUAUUUUUAUUUUACUUUUAGUAUAGUGGUACUUAAGAUCACUGGUUCACUUAAAAAGAAAAAAACCAAUAAGAUGUUUAAACUCUACUAAUGUACAAAUAAGCUGAAAUGUUGCAUUUUUUGUGUAUUUUUGCCAUAGCAGGUACUGUAUUUCUCAUGCUGGAUUUAGGAAAAAAAAAAAAAAAAAAAAAAAAAAAAGGGUGAUGUUUUAUUGGAGUGUGACAAGUUAAGAGUAAUAAGGAAUUAAGUCGUCGUCAUUUCAUUGAAACUGAGAGAUGGUGUAAUACUUAUAUAAGUUUUCUGAAGGUUUUUUUUUUUUGGGCUUUUAAACAGCUUUUUUCGUUUUUAUUUUAUUUUUAAUUUUUUUUGAAAGAUAUGAUUGUAUUAUGUGCAACUCAGUUGCUUACAUUAUAACUACAAACUAUUUUUGGGUUCCUGGAAAAAAAAAAAAAAAGACUAAUAAAUGUGUUUGGCUGCUAAGCAUUUAAA